UUUCUUGUAUCCCCAUGGACUCUAACACUAAACAAAUCAAAGCUCCUCAUGAUGACUUGAUUAGCAAUCUUCAUGAUCAAUUAUUAUGUUCAAUAAUUUCAUAUCUUCCAACAAAAGAAGCCAUAACAACAAGCACAUAUUCAAAACGUUGGAAAUUCCUAUGGAGGUCCUUAACUCGCCUUUCUUUACCUCGACGACGACGAGGACGACGACAACAACAAUAUUCAACGCCAGCACCGUCCAUCGUGGACAAGAUUCUUUCGUCACAGAUUGGAAAUGUUAUCGAAUUUUUUCACAUGCAUCACCUCCCACAAGAUUGGAGUACGUCUAACAACAAUAACAACAACAACAAUAGCAACAUGCAACGAUGGAUAGAGCAUCUCAAAAAUGAGAAAAAAUUAGGAGGGAUUUCACUUUCUUGUCAAAACAAUAUUUAUAGAUCACCACAUUUAUAUGAGGUACCACGAGGGAUCUUCCAUGGUAAAUUCCUUCAAUUUGUGGAGCUAAAUAAAUACGUUCUAAGUAGUGCUUCACCCUUUGAAGGUUGCGUCAACGUUAAAACCCUAAAACUCACCGCGGUCACUCUGAAGGGCGGUGAAACCCUAGCUGACAUCAUUGGGAACUGUGCCUCAUUGGAGAAUUUGAGCCUUCGUGCUUGUUAUAAUAAGAAGGGGCAAUUUAAUAUCCACAUCCAACACGAGAAACUCAUGAUGAUAGAAUUCAAUGAUAUUCACAUAACGAAAUUUUGUCUAAUAUGUGAAACCCUAAAUGAGUUGGUGUUUGAAAAUUCUUCUUAUUCCUCAGAAGAAUCUCAUAAUAUUCAAUGUCCAAACAUUCGGAUCAUCCGGACCAAUAACCAUGACUUGCUGGAUUGGUGCAUUGGUUUGAGGGUAAGUUUUUUUUUUUGUUUUCCGUUGUUGUACGAACUGCUUUUUUUCUAAAUGCUAGGUACUGUUUUCCAUUUCACAUCAUUUUGUUUUUGUUACUGCUUUAAUUUAUGUAUUUCCUUUUUCAAACUGCUUUAUCGGAAACAACCUCUCUAUCUCUACGAGUUAGGGGUAAGGUUGCGU